GCAGACAUGCUAAUCUAGGGUUUUAAAAUCAGGAGGAGAGAGUAGAGUGAGAGCGGAUAUGGAUUCUUUUUCGUCGCCGCCAAGUGGAUCAUCGUCCCAAUUUUCGACGAAUGACUUCAUGGACCAGGUCAAAACUCAGCUUGCUCAGGCAUACGCUGAGCAAUUUCUCGAGACGGUGAGGGAUAAAUGCUUUGACAAGUGUAUCACCAAACCAGGGAGCAGUCUAAGUGGAAGUGAAGGUAGUUGCAUCUCAAGGUGUGUUGAUCGAUAUAUUGAGGCCACUGGUAUAAUUAGCAAAGCUCUCUUCAGUCAACGCUGAAACUGCAGUUGCGUAGAUCUCAAGGCUUGCUUGCUCGGUAAAUGCUGGAAUGCAUCUCCUUAAUUAUUGUUAACUUUUGAUACCCUUCAUCAUCAUCCAACGUUUUAAAGAUGGGUUUCUACUAGUAUUUUGUCAAAGAUGGUCUUCAUUAAUACUUUUGUUGUGGAUGGACAGCACAAAGUUUUAUCUAUAGCAUACUACCAUUAAGGUUACCCUAGUGUAGAUGGGGUUGACAUGCUUUCAUGCAUAAGUUCUUUAGUAGGUUUGAGGAACCAUAAGUGCAUGCAGAUAUGUCAUAAAACAAAAACUAAAUCCUCGGUACAUGCUAUAUAAUUUCCUGGAACAAGGUGUUAUCUGGGUCCUAAUUAUCCUCGA